GUGAUCUAUUCUAGUCAUCUAUUUUUGAUUAACCAAUAACGCCUAUUAGCACAGCACUACAUUACCCAUGAACAUUGCUUAUAGAGGGGUCCUGACUGGCGACGGUGUUAACGCCAUUAAAGUGCCUUUUUUUCUUCCUUGUAUAUUGCAUAAGAUUUACAAUUGUAGUAAUUACAGUGAGCAGACAAUAUGUACUUAUCUUCCUAAUCUAUGUAUUUCGAAAAUUGUUUUGUGCUUUUGUAAAUUUUUUGAACAAGAACUGUAGACGCGCAUCUUUUUUUUUGUACAGGCACUGCACUGGACGUCAACGUCUCAGACAGCGGAAGUAGUUUGAAUUUAUCCGCUCAUGUGCUGCUCGUUCGUCAUCCUGCGUUUCCAAAAUAUACACCGGUGUCGGAGUUUACUUGAUUGUUUUUUUUCCUCGUUGUGUUUGUGUCAAUAAUGAGGCUUUAUAGACCCGAAGUGUCAGUUAUGUCCUUUAUUAAACCUGUCCACUCUCGGUAGCGUUGAUAACACUGUAAGACAUAACACAUAAACCAGCAGUCAUGCAGCAAAGCAGUACUGUUACACGCUAUCUCAUCUUCUUUCAGUACCUCGGAACCAAAUACAGUGGGGUGGUGAAGGCUCCGGCACACCAGCUGCUGCAGGGAGUGCAGAAUCAUUUAGAGAACGCAGUGCGAAGGCUGAAGCCUGUAAAUGAAGUAUCGCUGUCCAUCUCCAGUCGAACAGACACCGGUGUGCAUGCGCUCUGCAACUCUGCACAUCUAGACAUCCAGCGCAGAGGAGACAAACCUCCCUUCACCGAACAAGUCCUGACUGAUGCCUUAAACUUCUUUUUAAAACCAGAACCCAUCAGAAUCACAAGAGUCUACUGCGUACAGAAUGACUUUCACGCCCGCUACCGUGCCAUAUCAAGAACCUACGUCUACCGCUUGGCCACAGGAGUCCGUCGUCACGCUGAAUUGCCCAUAACAGAGAAGGAUUUGUGCUGGACAUUAUGGGACACGGAGCUGAACGUUGAUGCCAUGCAAGAGGCGGGAGCCGUGUUCCAGGGAACACACGAUUUCAGCACCUUCCGCGCACUCAGCUCAGACGCUCCAUUCAAGAACCCAGUGAAGACCAUGGAGCUGGUGCAGGUACAGCCGGGCCUCUCCUUUAGCCAGCGCCACUUCCACAGAGACAUCCAGUUUUGGGAGCUCACGUUUAAAAGUAGGUCCUUUUUAUACAAACAAGUUCGGAGGAUGGUUGGGACAUUGGUUGCAGUUGGCCGGGGUAAACUCUCUGUCGAUCAUGUUCAGGAUCUGUUAGACACUAGGGACUCCACGGCCUACCCUCAGAACAUGGCGGCUCCGCCCUAUGGCCUCUUUCUGAUAAACGUGGAGUAUAACGACUCUGAUCUGAAGCCAUACACAGGGGACACUGAUUGAUUAUAAAGGAGAACGCAAUACAUCUGUAUAGAAUAAAUACAAUUUGUAUUUAACAUUUAUGGAAGGAGUCUCCAGUGUCAGUACUUUGUAAGAGGUAAAGCUGUUCCUUUAAGUUUUUCACCACAGGAGACAGGGUGACUACAAGCUGUAUGUCUUCUGUGUUAUUAACGUCAAGAGAAAGAACGAGUGUUUCUAGCUACUAUAAUGUAAGUGAUCUUACAUUUCACAUCAUUAAAUGUAAACAGGCUUGUGUGAUCUUGAUUUUUCCAUUAGAAAAAAUUUUUUAUAAACAAUUUACGCAUCCAUUACUGAUUGCCUAAACAGAGGAGGGAAACAAGCAUUAAAGGAGAGUGUAAUAAUAUUACCAAAUGUAUAGUCUGGAACUGCUUGCUGGCAGUGGCAAUUGCAGAAACUUGCAAAAUGCAGAAAGGUUGGCAGGCAUCAUAAUAUUUAAUCACUGACUAUCAUGUAAAACCAUGUAGAAAUGAUUAAAUCAUUACAUGGCACAAGCCUAAACGUAACUAUAAAUGGAUAAAUAGCAUGACAGAUAAUUCCUUAAUAAAUAAAAAAUGGUUAGCUUUGAAAAAUUCCCAAAACUUGUAGAUUGUAUUCCUA